AACAACAAACUUCAGCCUAAAAUGGGUACCUUGCAUGUCUGUUUCACUGACGUGCCGCACUACACAAACGCCACUUCAACCUUAGCAGCAUCAACACUGAGCAUUUCAAAUGCCACUGGCAGAGCUUACGCACUGCAUAGCGCCGCUGAAUCCGACUCCAACACCAACGGCACGUCCACAACAAUGACGUUGCAAGCCGAUCUAAACAAGGACACACCACCAUGCAGCCUCUCGCCCGGUGCCAAUUACAGCGGUGCAAACAGUCAAUCGCCAAGUCCACGCUACGACCGCAAUAUGAGCUUCUUUCAGCAACUCAGCCGCCGCUUUGGCCUCUUACGCUCCGGCGAUGACCCAGUUUUCACCAACGCCGAAGACGAUUCGACCGAUUCUUGCUCCUCCAAUACAAGUGCACAGCCCACAAUACAGUGCGCAACCGGCGCAUCAAAUACGUCAUCGUCAAAUGGCGGCAAUGACAGUAAUUGCCAUAACUGUAAUACACAUUUGGAAAUAGGUGCUAAUGUGAAGCAUGGUCACGGCACCAGCAGUGAACAUAUAUCGUGUACCUCCAGCGAGACAAGCAGCACUGCUGACAUUGAGGAGCAGCAAGCUCAUACACCGACAACCAUUGCCAAAUCACCAACAGAAAAGGAGCGACGUAGCAGUGCACGCGCUAGUUUUUCACGACUCCAUCGUCGCUCCACCUCAUCCAUACGACGAGCGUUCGAGAGUUUCACAUUGUCAACACGUUCACUAUCGUGCAGCGGCGCCAACCACACUGUCACAACACAACAACAAUCAAAUGGCAGCAGCAACACGCCCAUCAAAUCGGCACUUAAAUAUAAUUCAAAUGUUGAGUUGAACAGAAAAUCACAGUCGAGCUGUGGUGGCGCUGGGAGUGUUGCUUUUACUGGCUUUACAACGUCAAAAUCGGCAUCUAGCUCACACUUAUCGGCAUCGGCGUCUGCCUUAACUACGUCAUCGACGACAUUAAAAUCCUCGAAAGGCAAAACGAAGCCACCGCCGCAACGUAUACUCCGUCAGCCAGUCUCCUAUACAUAUCUGAAGGGCAUAUCCGGCCUGCCGACGCAACGAGUGCCUCGCAGCGCUGUCUGUUGUCAAUAUGCGAGACGUUGAAGCGGGUUGAAGGGGGCAUAAUAUUCAAUUUACAGCAAAUGUUUUGGCAAACACGUCUGCCUUCGAGAGACGCACGUUGAAUAAGGCGCACAUAAAGUGUUCAUACAUCUUAUAGUAUAAGUACGUCUGAUAUUGGGCUAUGCAUACAUACACAAGCAUACAUGCGUACAAGCGUACUUAUAUUAUAUUAUAUUAAAAGCAUUCGUAAAUGAUAUAAAGUGAUAAGAUUGUUCGACUAGUUGAUUGUUUCGAUUCGAGUGUUCAUUGUUGUUGGUUGGUUCACAUUGAAGUGAUGUAUAAGUAAUUUGCUAUAGAGGGUAUUUUCAAAGUUCAUACAUACUUACUUGCAUACUUAUGGCAACAAUAUUAAGCACACAAUAAUUGAAAGAAAAAAGCGAACUAAUUUUUAAGUACAUACAUAUAGUGUAUACAUAUAUAUAUAUAAGGCGAGCUAUUUAUAAACUUUGCAUUAGAUACUGAAAACACCAAAAUAAAUUUCGCAAAUACAUAUUGUACAUACAUUUGUAUUCAUCCCCAACACCACACACACAAAGCGUAAACUUUUCAUUUGAGUGUAUUCGACUUAACGGCCAUUUUUGAGACACUUAACCAUCUACAUACAAUACAUAUGACCAUAUUGUAUAUUGGAACGUCAUUGCAAGGCAAACAUACGUGUACAAGCAUACAUACAAACGGUAAUUUAUCAUGAUUACAUAUACAUCUUAAUUAAAAUAUUGUUUUAUUUUUCGAUGGCAUAAAAGAAAAAUCUGUGAUAAAUCAUUUCUCAUAUCGGAUGUAAAUUCUGUAUAAAUUGAAUAUUGGAAAAAUUAAU